CCAUUUCAACAAGUAAAGUUGGGUUUAGACAGAGAGUGAAAGAGAAGAAGAGACUAGAGGGCUUGUGUCUGUGUGAAGACAUUAUUUUCCUUUCUCAGAGAAGCAAGGUUUCUUAAUCAACAAUCAACAAUGGAUUCUACAAACUUUUAUCCAGUUACUCCUCACUUCCAGAGGACGAUCUCACAAGAUUCUCUUUUCGACAAUAAGUUUAAAAUUCCGAGAGAGUUUAUGCUAAAAUAUGCUAAUAAUAUGGAUACAUCAAAUUCAGUGGUCCUAAAAGUUCCUAGCGGUGGAGCAUGGAAAGUAAAAUUGACCAAAUGUGAUGGCCAUGUUUGGUUGGGUGAAGGUUGGCCAGAGUUUGCAAGGCAUCACUCCAUACAAUGUGGAUUCUCCUUAUUUUUCAAAUAUGAAGGUCAGUUUAGAUUUCAUGUGGUCAUACUUGAUGUAAACGGUGCAGAGAUAUGUUAUAAGUUGAAGCCAAACAUCGAUGAGCUGCCAAAGAGGACAGAAGAUGAAGAUCUUGACUGUGAUGAAAACCUUAACAGUCACUCACCAUACUUGAAAAGAAAGGUGAAACGUAAACUACCAUUUUUUUCUUCUCCCAUGAGAAGAAAAAACAAGCUUUGUGUUAGUAGUACUAGUAGUAGUAGUAGUAGUGGCGAUGAUGAUGAAUACACGCCCGAGGAGCGAGGGAACAUAGAAGAUUCAGAGUGUUUUGAGUCUGUCAGAACAACAGAUGCAAGGCGUUUUAAGGCUCGUGCUAAAAGGGGUGGUAGACUAGGUGAGCAUUUUAUUCCUCGUAGGAAGAAGAGAACGAUGACCGUUGAAGAAAAAGAUAAAGCUUUAUUUAGGACCGAAAACUUCACAUCCCAAAAUCCAUAUUUCAAGAUUGUCAUACAAAAGACGCAUGUUCAUAAUCGUUAUAACAUGGCCUUACUGACAGAAUUUUGGAAAAAACAUGUCGAUGAAUAUUCUGGUCAUGAUGUUACUCUAUAUGUUCCUAAUGAGAGGAAGACUUGGGUAGUAAAACUUCAGACAAAAGCUAGAAAGAGAUGCAGUACACCAAGACCUACGUUCCUGAGAAGAGAUUGGCAGGAGUUCGUCGAGGACAAUGGGUUGAAAGUUGGUGAUGUUUGUAUAUUUGAAUUGACUAAUAAAGAUGAAAUGAUGUUCAAAGUUUCUAUCAACCGAGCAACAGAAUGCCAUAAUCGAAACAACCAGCAAUCCGAAGGCAAUAUGAAAUUUGGAAGCAAAUCUAUAGAUCACACAAGCGGACAGGUUACUGAUGGCGCGCCUUCAUCUUCAAGGGAUGGCAAAUCUUUUGGAGGAGCAACCAAACAAUCUAAUCCCAGUUUUGAAAUGGUAUUGGGGGAGUCUGUUGGUCAGGUCAAGCGUCUUCCGACUGAUUUUGUAAAUACUUAUCUACAAGCAAAGGCAGGAGUUGCAACAAUUCAGGUGGGGAAGAAAUUGUGGGAUGUUAAUUUGUCUAGUAGUUCAGGUGGACUGGUUUUAAGCGGUGGAUGGCCUAGAUUUGCAAAGGAGAACCAUUUGCAUCCUGGAGAUUCUUGUGUCUUUGAACUGGUUAGCAAAGAAAUGGAUAAUACUUUGCUAAAAGUUACCAUUUCUCGACUAAUUAACCGUGCUGUUAUAUAGUUUGUAGCUAUUAUUAUUUAGUGCAUAACCAGGAAUUAGAAAAAGUGGGUAGAAGUGCUUGUUAUAUAUAAUAGUACAUGAUCUAUGUAUAAAAGUAGACUGUUUUCAUCUUCUUCCCCAUAAUGCUUCUUAAAUCAAAACUUGUUCUAGUGUUGACAAUUGUAUAUGUCUAUAGGUUAAUCAAAAGAGACUUAAAUUUAUUCG